GGCGGCGCUGCCGAGUCAGCUCAGCUGUCCGGCCCCCGACGCCACGCCGACAGAUGUGCAAGAUGUCCCCGCGGUUUACAUUUUACUUCUGCUUGAUUUGGUCUCUGCAAACCCUCAAUCCCUUCAUCGUAUUGAUUCGGGCAAAUGAAUCAAAUCAAGAUGUUAAAAUCGAGGUUACGUUUCUGCCAGAAAACUGCAGCCAGAAAGCCAAGAGAGGAGACAUGCUGAAUGCUCAUUAUGAUGGAUAUCUAGUUAAAGAUGGAUCUCAGUUCUACUGCAGUCGAUCGACAAACACGGGACACCCACACUGGUUUGUGUUAGGCGUUGGAGAAGUUAUUAAGGGCCUCGAUUUAGGGCUGAACGGCAUGUGUCCCGGGGAGAAGAGAAAAGUUACAAUUCCUCCGUCUCUGGCAUACGGCGAGAAAGGAAAAGGUCCUGUACCGCCAAAUGCAACAGUGGUCUUUGAGGUGGAGCUUUUGUACAUAUCCAGAGGACCACGCAGCAUAGAAGCCUUCAAUGAAAUUGACAUUGACAACGACAAGGCCCUGACAAAAGAAGAGAUUAAAGAAUACUUGAGGAUGGAAGCAAAGAAGUUAAAUACACAGAAAGAUGAAUCCUAUUUUGAUGAUGUUGUGGCAGAUGUGUUCCAUAAGAAUGAUCACAAUGCUGAUGGGACCUUAUCACUAAAGGAGUACAAUGUUUAUGACCAUGAUGAACUAUAAACACUACUAGAUUAUCUACAAGAUAUUCUUCAAACUGUAGAGUUGAUGAACACCACUAAAUUUUGAAUAAAGUUGAAACUUUAAACUUGUACUGGUUGCAUAAUGCAAAAACCUAAACAGGGCAUAAAAAGGUACUUUUUAAAAACUGUUCAGGCCUUUUCUCAAAAUGCUUGCAUCUGCUCAAAUUUAUCAUCUUAUAAUGUUCUUCUAAGAAAAAAAUGUUCUUUUAAGAACUGUUUACAGAUAGGUUCUUUGGGGAACUAAAAAUGGUUCUUCUAUGGCAUUGCUGCGAAAAUCCUCUUUAUUUUUAGUGUAAACAGCCUUGUUUUUUGAACACAGCUCACAAUGUUAAACUAUUCACAGAUUUACAAUUACCAAUAGACCAAUAUAACCCAUAUCAGUCAACCACUAUUUACAACCAAACAAUUCAGACAUAUGAACUCAAGGAUUGCAUUUA